AUGACAUCGCGGCCUAACUUCCUGGUCAUCGUCGCCGAUGACCUCGGAUUCAGCGACUGCGGUUGCUUCGGAUCUGAGAUUAGUACCCCUAACAUCGAUGCCUUGGCCAAUGCUCCGGGUGGACUGCGGUUCAAUUCCUUUCAUGUUGCUGCGGCCUGCGCUCCCACGCGGUCCAUGCUCAUGACCGGAACCGACCACCAUUUGACCGGUUUAGGCCAAUUGCCGGAGUAUAUAGCCCUAUCUCGCGCUCACCAAGGUGCCCGGGGUCAUGAAGGGUACUUGAACGAGAGGGUUGUGGCAUUGCCGGAGCUUCUCAGGGACGGCGGCUACUAUACUUUGAUGUCGGGGAAAUGGCACCUGGGCUUGAAGCGGGAGUACUCGCCACAUGCUCGGGGCUUUGCCAAAUCGUACGCUAUGCUUUCUGGUGCGGCGAAUCAUUACGGUGAGAUUGUGCAAGCGGUAUAUCUUUAUGUGAACCUGAGGGUUGCUAACACGUCCCAAGGCUAUGAACCUCAGUAUGAUGACAUUGUCGGAGACGUCCACCCUUUCUUUCACACAACAGUAACAGCUCUCCACAUGGAAGACUCUGAAUAUUCUACAAAGCUGCCAGAUGACUUUUAUUCUUCCAAGGCGUACGCCUCAAAAGUCAUUGAGUUUCUUUCUGAGCGUCCGGAGUCGGAGAAAGGAAAGCCAUUCUUCGCGUACCUCCCUUUCACCGCUCCCCACUGGCCUCUGCAAGCGCCCAAGUCUUAUGUGGAUAAGUAUCGCGGAAAGUACAAUGACGGCCCAGCUGCAUUGAGACUGAAGCGGCUCGAAAGACUGAAGGAACUGGGCUUGGUUGCGCCCGACAUUGUGCCCCACGAAGUCGUGACCGGACCGGGUGACCUUGAUUGGGAGAAGAUGAGCGACGAAGAGCGGGCAAAAUCCGCUCGUGCGAUGGAAGUCUACGCCGCCAUGGUGGAAGUGAUGGAUGAGAAUAUCGGCCGAGUUGUGGACUAUUUACGACAGUCCGGUGAAUACGACAACACCAUCAUCUGCUUCAUGUCAGACAAUGGCGCCGAGGGCGCCAGUUACGAGGCAUCACCUCUCGGUGGCAGUGGUAUCACAGCACAUCUGGAGAAGUACUAUGAUAAUUCGUUGGAGAAUAUCGGGCAACCGAACUCCUACGUGUGGUACGGCAGUCGGUGGGCCCAAGCAGCUACAGCACCAUCGCGACUCUACAAGAUGUUCUCCACAGAAGGUGGUUGCCGGGUUCCCUUGGUCGUGAAGCCAGCGGGCAAUCCGGAAGCCCUGCAUCAGGGUGGCCGAGUCAUCGAUGCCUUUUGUACGGUGAUGGACAUUGUCCCGACUAUUCUAGAAUAUGCCGGCCUGCAACAUCCGGGAACCACGUAUCAAGGACGAAAGAUCGAACGUGUUCGGGGCGUCAGUUGGAAGCCGUUCCUGGACGCCAUAACGGCCGCUGGCACGGACACUUCUCUGGCCCCGUCAUCGAUCCACGGCGACGAUCAUGUCACGGGCUGGGAGAUAGCUGGGAGUGGUGCCCUGCGAAAGGGACGGUACAAGAUUACUUAUGUUCCCCUCCCUCGGGGCCCGCAACGGUGGGAGCUCUUUGACAUUGUAGAGGAUCCCGGAGAGACGAACGAUUUGAGCAAGGAGAAGCCUGAGAUCUUCAAUGACUUGUUGAGACUCUGGGCUAUCUACGCUGAGGAGGUCGGUGUCGUAGGUUUGGGUGGCCAGGUAACGGCGAACAAUCAGGUGGUUGAAGGAGUCAAGGAUGAAUUUGAGAAUACUGGACGGUGGAUCCGUUUUAUUGGCAAGGGCAAUGUGCCACCUGAGAUUCAAGCUCAGCUUCCAAAGUGA